GCCCCCGCCCUCCGCCCGGCCGCCGCGGAGGCGCUCCGGCCGCCCCGCCCGCCCGCCGCCCGCCGCGCCAUGGAGAGGAGCUCGAGCUGCGAGAGCCUGGAGUCCCCGGCGGCGGCGGCGCGGCCGCCCAGCGCGGGCUCCCUGUCCAGAAAAUAGGUUGAUUUUGUUUCCUUUGCUUGAUGAUUACAAGGAUAGUCUCAUUGCCAUUCAAAAGAAGAGUUUUACAUUAACCAUCAGAAAAAUUGUGAAGCAAGUAAUAAGUUAAUGUGUUAAGAGCCAUUGACAUUUGAAGAUCAUCAGAAGUGAAGAUAAAACAUCUCAAAAAUUAUAAUUGCUUCCACUUCUCAUUCAGAGAAUUCAGUGCAUACAAAAUCUGCUUCUGUUGUGUCAUCGGAUUCCAUUUCAACUUCUGCAGACAACUUUUCUCCUGAUUUGAGGGUCCUGAGGGAGUCUAACAAAUUAGCAGAAAUGGAAGAGCCACCCUUGCUUCCAGGAGAAAAUAUUAAAGACAUGGCCAAAGAUGUAACUUAUAUAUGUCCAUUCACUGGUGCUGUACGAGGAACUCUGACUGUCACAAAUUACAGGUUAUAUUUCAAAAGCAUGGAACGGGACCCUCCAUUUGUUUUAGAUGCUUCUCUUGGUGUGAUAAGUAGAGUAGAAAAAAUUGGUGGUGCUUCCAGUCGAGGUGAAAAUUCUUAUGGAUUAGAAAUUGUGUGCAAGGAUAUUCGAAAUUUACGGUUUGCUCAUAAACCUGAAGGGCGGACUAGAAGAUCCAUAUUUGAGAAUCUAAUGAAAUAUGCAUUUCCUGUAUCUAAUAAUCUGCCUCUUUUUGCUUUUGAAUACAAAGAAGUAUUUUCUGAAAACGGGUGGAAACUAUAUGACCCUCUUUUAGAAUAUAGAAGGCAGGGAAUUCCAAAUGAAAGCUGGAGAAUAACAAAGAUAAAUGAACGAUAUGAACUUUGUGAUACAUAUCCUGCUCUCUUGGCUGUGCCAGCAAAUAUUCCUGAUGAAGAAUUAAAGAGAGUGGCAACCUUCAGAUCAAGGGGCCGAAUCCCAGUUUUAUCCUGGAUUCAUCCUGAAAGUCAGGCCACAAUCACUCGAUGCAGCCAGCCCAUGGUAGGAGUGAGUGGGAAGCGAAGUAAAGAAGAUGAGAAAUACCUUCAAGCCAUCAUGGACUCCAAUGCCCAGUCUCAUAAAAUCUUUAUAUUCGAUGCCCGGCCAAGUGUUAAUGCUGUUGCCAAUAAGGCCAAGGGUGGAGGUUAUGAAAGUGAAGAUGCCUAUCAGAAUGCAGAAUUAGUUUUUCUAGAUAUCCACAAUAUUCAUGUUAUGAGAGAAUCCUUACGAAAGCUCAAGGAGAUCGUGUACCCCAACAUCGAGGAGACCCACUGGCUGUCUAACUUGGAAUCUACUCAUUGGCUGGAGCAUAUUAAGCUCAUUCUUGCCGGCGCACUCCGCAUUGCUGACAGAGUGGAAUCAGGGAAGACGUCCGUGGUGGUGCACUGCAGCGAUGGCUGGGACCGCACCGCCCAGCUGACGUCGCUGGCCAUGCUCAUGCUGGACGGGCACUACCGGACCAUCCGCGGGUUCGAAGUCCUUGUGGAGAAAGAAUGGCUGAGCUUUGGACAUCGAUUUCAGCUUAGACUCGGGCAUGGAGAUAAGAAUCAUGCAGAUGCAGACAGAUCUCCUGUGUUUCUUCAGUUCAUUGACUGUGUCUGGCAAAUGACAAGACAGUUUCCCACAGCAUUUGAAUUCAAUGAAUACUUUCUCAUUACCAUUUUGGACCACCUGUAUAGCUGUUUAUUCGGAACAUUCCUUUGUAACAGUGAACAGCAGAGAGGAAAAGAGAACCUUCCUAAAAGGACGUUGUCACUGUGGUCCUACAUCAACAGCCAGCUGGAAGACUUCACUAAUCCUCUCUAUGGGAGCUACUCCAAUCACGUCCUUUAUCCAGUAGCUAGCAUGCGCCACCUAGAGCUCUGGGUGGGAUAUUACGUGAGGUGGAAUCCACGUAUGAAACCACAGGAGCCCAUUCACAAUAGAUACAAAGAACUUCUUGCUAAACGAGCAGAACUUCAGAAAAAAGUAGAGGAACUACAGAGAGAGAUCUCCAACCGAUCAACCUCAUCCUCAGAGAGAGCCAGUUCUCCUGCACAGUGUGUCACUCCUGUCCAGACCGUGGUGUGAAAGGACUGUUAGCUGGACCAUUACCACCACAAACUCCUCAUUACAAAUGGCAGCUCUGAGUAAAGUCUCCUGAAUUUAGAACCCAUCUGUGAGAGAAAGUCUGUCCUUUAUUUAUUUAAAUCUGAGUUUAGAACUGUAGCAGUGCAGGGGGCUUAAGUGAAAUGACCCCACAUAUAAUUACAUGAUCAUAACACUAAUCUUAUUAAAUUACCCAAAGAAUAUUAAAAUGCUUCAAUCCUCAAUCUGCAGUGGGAACAAGUUUCUGAUUUUAAAAGGAAAAUGUUCUUAGAAAUUUUGGUGUCUAGUAAAAUCAAAAUACAACCACUUCAAAAAUAUGAUGACUCUUGAUGAAAGAGAGCUCAUUGCACAGAGGAGGCGGAGCAUCACUUUCAAACCAACACUAAAGUUCCAUGGCAUUAUACACACUGUAAUCUCACAACGCCUUUUCCCAUCCUGGGUAUUCCUUUUUUUGUGGUAAGUGAUCUACUUUGAUCACCCACAUUUUUCAUAUAUGAUAAGGCAAAGUCUUAAGGAUAUUAUGGUAUAGUUGAAAAUUUUGUCAUUAUUUAUGUACUUAUUUAAGAUGCAUUACUAAAUAGCUAUCCAAAAUGAUGUCUUAAAGAGGUGCUUGUGAAUAGGAUGGAAAGGAGUAGCUGUCCAGGAUUUCAAAAAUUCCACAUCCUUCAGAUUAGUUUACACUUGACCAAAUUAUUAGAAGUAACAUUGAAAAGCUUACUAUCUACCCUACUUCAGAUUUUUUUUGGUAUAUCUGAGCACAUUAAAAUAUUGCCUCAAAAUUUAGCAAUUAAUUUAAGUUUACCAGGAUUCAUUUUUUUCUGAAAUCUACAAAUUGCUUAUAAGCAUUAUGCUCAAAUUUUACAUGAAAUAUUUUACUACUGUCCUUUGCAAAGCCUGUACUUCCACUGAAUGAUAGUCUACCAAAGAACUUGUUGCAUAUAAAAAUGUAUUACAACCUGAAAGCCAGAAAAGGAACUCCCGCUUCACUGUACACCUGCUGCAGCAGGAGUUCAGUGCUGGUAUAAACUGAACUCCUUGAUGCCUGUUACUCUACAGGAGCCAUAGGUUAUGUACUGUAACAAAGCAGCUUCUUGGCCCUUGGGUCUUUAAAUAAAAGGAAAUUUCGAGUGA